AUGGCUGAGUUUGAUCCGCUGGAAUAUUAUUCUUUCUCCGACAAGCAACGAGAUACGUCAAUAACGAAACAAAGCUAUGGUCCUAUACGUCUAAUUCAUCAGGCAUCUGCAACCAAAUUGACCGAAUGCAAAGUCGUCCCUUCAGAAGAUAAAACACCCAUUAUUGAUAUUUUAGAUCUUCCAACGAUAUCCUCUAAACCUCCGUAUGAAGUUUUAACUACUAUUUUUAAGUUGCUAGCUCUUGAUGUACAAACAAACUUUGGACCUGGGGUAAUCGAGAGUGAAAUACUACCCGUUCAAAAAAUAUUGAACAAGAAGAAUGUACAAAAGGAUCAGUUUUCAUUCUCAUUAUCGUGGCUUCAGAACCAUCAUUUUGGAGUAGGAAAAUCAUCGGAAACAUUUGCAGGGUUAUAUUACUGGUCCAGAGUCAUUUCGAAGAAUUCAAUGAUCAACUAUUUAACCAAUAUCGUUUCAUCAGAUCUUUCGUAUAUGGAUAAUGAGAAACAAAGAAAUGAGCUUAUGGAACAGGCAGCAAAAUUAAUAGGUGAGAACUCUGGUAGAACUGCUCGAGCUGGAUUUGUUCGUACGAUUAUUGUUCCUGGUUUUGAAAAGGAAGAGAUCAAAAUAAAGGAACCCGCGAUGACAGGAGAUAACAUUGGUAUGAAAACAUGGGGAUCAUCCUUGAUAAUGGCGGAGAAAAUUGUCAAUAACGCAAAAGAAUUGCUCAAAGAACCGAUCUUAGAACUUGGUUCUGGGACUGGUCUCACUGGAAUUAUCUGCAGGAAAUUGGGUUUCAAAAAGGUUCUUUCAACAGAUCUUCCUACUAUUGUACCAAAUUUGAAGGCUAACUUCGUGCUUAAUGGACUGGAAUCUGACUUAUCUAGUUGCAAGGUUUUGGAUUGGUCCAACUUCUCCGGAUUCAGAUCUGAAAAUCCGAACUGCAUGUUUUCGACUAUCAUUUUGAGUGAUCCUAUUUAUUCUGACGAACAUCCAACCUGGAUAUGCAAUGUACUCAAAGAGUUUUUAGUGCGAGAUGAUCCGCAGUCUCGUGUUAUUAUAGAAAUUCCGUUAAGAAGCUUGUUUGAGAAGACAAGGGAGAAUUUUUGGAUACUUUUAGAAGCAAUGGGUUUGAUUGAGACCACGGUUGAAGAAAAUGAAGGUUAUGACGACUUUGGGGAAUAUAAAUUCCUUUUCAAGGUCUAUAAAUGGGGAAAGUAUACACGUGAUUAG